AUGGAUCGUAAAGCAUGUUUUAAGCAGUCGAAUGACGAUCAUGGCGAUAGUAAAGAAACAAUUGACAGACUUGUAAAGGGAACUUCGCCAUUAUGGAUUCAGUUAAUUAUUCUUCUAUUACGCGCAUGGUUUUUUAUAUAUGAUUGCCUGAAUUAUAUACCGUAUGAGUUAUUCAACUCACCUACAGCGAAAUUAAAACGAAGUGAAAGGAUAAAGGCAAAGCCGAUCAAGGAUCCUGAUAGCCCAUGGAUUAACGUGGAUGGUCCACUCACUGAAGAUUUUCCCGGUGUAGAUACGGUUGAUAAACUAUUUACACAUGUGGCAAGGUUAUAUGGUGACAAACCGGCAUUAGGUACACGAGAAUUACUAGAAAUAUAUGAAGAAAAACAACCAAAUGGACGCAUAUUUGAAAAAUGGGUGUUGGGUAAUUACAGUUGGCAAACUUUUGCUGAAAUUCAUGAAAAAAUUGGUCGAAUUGCUUCGGGUCUAAAAAGCAUCGUGGAAAAUGGUUGUCGAGCAGUAAUUUUUUCGGAAACUCGAGCUGACUGGUUUAUCACCGCGUUCUCUCUCUUCAGAAUCAAUGUACCGGUUGUUACAGUAUAUGCAACCCUCGGUGAAGAGGCAAUAGCCCAAGCCAUCAACGAAACUGAAGCGACACUGCUGAUAACAUCAGCAGAACUUUUAUCAAAAAUCGCAGUAAUUGGGAAGAAAUGUCCAACAUUGCGUUCUUUGGUUUAUUUCCGCCCCGUGCAUUUUUCGAAGAAAAUAGCCACCGUGGAUAUUGUUAAACAGCAAUUCCGAAAUGUUGUGUCACUGGAUGAGUUAGAAGCACACACAAACACUGUGUCAGAAGUUUCACCUGCUGGACGAAAUGACACAGCAAUGAUAAUGUAUACAAGUGGUACUACUGGAGCUGCGAAGGGAGUGAUUUUGACGCAUUAUAAUAUCGUGUCAUCUGUAGCUGGAUUGGGAGCUGGAAUACCUAUCAUCAGCCAUACAGACAUAUAUAUUGGGUAUCUUCCGCUGGCGCAUAUUCUAGAGUUUGCAGCUGAACUAACUUGUAUGACGCGUGGUUGUCGUGUUGGAUACUCAAGUCCAUUGACUCUUCAUGACCGUGGCGCUAAAAUCAAGCCAGGAACGCAUGGAGAUUGCUGGGCACUAAGACCAACAAUUAUGGCCGCAGUACCGGCAAUAAUGGAUAGGAUAUUCAAAGCUAUAAGCGAUGAAGUUGCAUCAGCUCCACGUCUGAUGCAAGAACUUUUCCGAUUAAAUUAUGAACGGAAGCGAGCGCGUUAUCAGGAAGGAUAUUGCAGUCCUUUUUUGGACAGAAUUGUUUUCAAAAGGAUUCGACGUCUUUUGGGCGGCAAACUGCGAGGUGUAUUGAGCGGUGGAGCAGCAUUGAACCCAGAAACUCAGCGUUUCAUGAAUAUUUGUAUGUGCUGUCCAGUUAUUCAAGGAUAUGGAUUAACUGAGACGUGUGCAGCAGUUUCUAUUGCUGACGUGAAUGACCUGAGCACAGGAACUGUUGGUCCACCUGUGCGUUGUUCACGAAUACUUCUUCGCGAAUGGAGUGAGGGAGGUUAUACUCCAUUUAACGAUCCACCUCAAGGUGAAGUUCUGGUCAGCGGUUCAAACAUAUCACCAGGUUAUUGGAAGCAACCUGAGAAAACAGCUGAAGAUUUUGUGGUAAUUGAUGGCGUGAGAUAUUUUGCUACUGGUGAUAUUGGUGAAUUUCGUGAAGAUGGGUCACUUCGUAUAAUUGAUCGAAAGAAAGAUUUAGUGAAACUUCAACAUGGCGAAUAUGUAUCAUUGGCCAAGAUCGAGACUGCGCUGUUGAAUUGUCCAUUGAUUGACAAUAUCUGUUGUUAUGGCGAUUCAUUGUCAUCAUACCUGAUUGCACUUGUUGUGCCUAACAAGAAACACUUGACAGAAAUGGCUGAACAGUUUGAUAUCAGUCCAUCAAGUUGGACUGAUAUGUGUCAUAAUGUGGAAAUUGUUAAGGAAUAUCAAAGACGCAUGGAGGAACAUGCCAUGAAAAAUCACUUGUUGAAGAAUGAAUUACCAGGAAAGAUCUAUUUAUGUGAUGAAAUAUGGACAGCUGAAACUGGUCUUCUGACUGAAGCAAUGAAAUUGAAACGUCGCUUAAUAAAAGAGAAGUACGAGCAAGUUAUUGCGCAACUUUAUCGUGAUGAUUCUUAUAAACGCUAA